UUUACCGGAGAGGCGGCGGGCAGAGGCGGCGGGAUGGCUUGGGGGGUCCUCGACGUGCUCCUCGUGAUGGUCUUAAUUAUGGAAAUGCAGUGCAAAAAUCAUACUGAACGUCUAAUAAGCAGAGCACACAGUAAAUUCAUUACGAGGAGGAUCAUUGCCAAGCGGGAAAUUAGUUGUAAUCAGGAGGAAUACAGCUUAAAUGGUCAGUGUUGCAAGAAAUGCAAACCUGGUUAUGUUAAGACACUCGACUGUCCAACAGAUACUGAUAGACACUGUCGUCAGUGUGAAAAAGGAAAGGAGUACAUAAACCAUUUCAAUGAGUUGGACAAGUGUUCCAGGUGCUCCAUGUGUGACAAAAUAUUAGGUUUUGCAGUGUUAAAGAACUGUACCCCAGAGCAGAACACAGAAUGUACCUGCGCAGAGAACCAUUAUUGCACUUCAACUCCACCAUGUCGUCACUGUAACCCAUGUACCGUCUGUGAAAGUGGCGUCAUUGAAAAGCAAUGCACUUUGACUUCAGACACCGUGUGUGGAACUGCAGAAACAGGAUUUCCACAGUGGGCCACUGCUUUGAUAAUUACGUUACUGAUACUAGGAGUAGCUGGAGCAAUAAUCUGCUUUAAGAGAAGACGGAAGGGUUUUACUAACAGGGAGGUUCUCCGUGAAUCACAUCCUUCUGUUGAGAGCAAACGUCUCAUCACCUAUGCAGGUAACAGACAAGUAAUUUCUCAAAAUUCAGUAGAAGAAAAACAAAUAGACAUUGACCUGAGCAGCCACAUCACUGAUAUCGCGGAGCAGAUGACACUCAAAGAAGUCUUGAAAUUUGUUCGUAGUUGCCGAGUACCAGAACCUGUCAUAGAUCAAACCCUUCAGGAUUACAUUAAUGAUACAGAUGAGCGGAAGAUUAAGCUGCUUCAAGUCUGGUAUCAAAGGCAGGGGAUAAAAGGAGCCUACUGUACCCUAAUAAGCAGCCUGAGGGAGCUUAGAAUGUGUGCUGCAGCUGAUAAAAUUGAGGAAAAACUGAAGGCAGCGGCUCUCAGCCAUCAGGAGGGGGGACUGUCUUGUAGCAACGACACUGAGCAGAGCAAAACCUGCACUCAGGAAAACAGAAACUCUGACAAUGGCAGUGCUGAGCUAAAUAAAAUCUUUUCUGGUCAUUUGGAAGAGACAUAGCAUAGAAAACUACCCCUGACCAGAUAUUAUUUUUCUAAUAAUAGAAAUAACAAAGCUUUUAGCACUAUUUUCCUUUAAAAAAGUUUCAGGGUUUUUUUUUUCAGUUGUUAAGAACUAGGAGAAGUUUUACAGCUUAUGUACUGAAAGAUACAACGUAAGAGUCUAGCUGUAGGAUUCACUACAAGAAGAAGGAAGAGUCUUACUUGAAUAAAAGGUUUAGUCUAAAUGUAUGGUUGUGGAUUACUUAAUCAAUGUAGUGUUUUUCUUACAAUAAUAUUGUGGAAUGUUGCAUUUUUCAAAGUGAGAACUCUGGUGUGAACAGAGUAUGGAGUGCACCAGGAAAAAUACUUGAACAAGAAAACUUACACACCUGAUUAAUUUUUAAUAUAGAUGUUGUUGUAUAAUUAAAUUCUACAGUGCUGUAAAUAGGAUGUUUCCCUUGUAUAAAAGCCCCUACGUGUGUCUGUGUACAGAGGUUUUGUGUGUAUUUAUACAUGUGUAUGUAUGUGCAAGUUUUCUAGGCAAAAGCUCCCAGCACUAAGUAAAAAUUGCUGUCAUUUCCCUUGUUCCCUGCAAUGAUUUCAAGCCUUUUCUAAUGCUGUAGCCCUUCAAAGAGGCAGGAGCUGGAGCAGCAAGCUCCAAAGCAGAGGUUUUUGGAAGGUGACCUGCGCAAGCUCUGAAGUCUCCAUCUGGAAGUGUCCUGACACCAGCUUUUCUAAUGAAGGAACUGAUGUGCUGAAAACAUCAUUGCCAUUAAAAAAAAAUA